AUGGAAAAGGCUGCGAGAGAUAAUCUAAUUUCAGGAAUUAGAUUAGCUCCUACAGCGCCGCCUAUUACUCAUCUUCUAUUUGCUGAUGAUUGUAUCAUUUUUACAAGGGUGCAAGAAGAUGAGAUCUAUCAACUCAUUCAGAUUAUAAACAAAUAUACGGAGACAUCAGGACAAAGAAUCAACACUGAGAAAUCCGGGCUGAUUUUUGGAAGGCAUGUACCUAUUCAGAGUAAGGUGAACACAGAAGAGAUCACAGGCAUGGCGUCGUGGGAAGAUCCCGAAAGAUAUCUAGGACUACCAGCGAGAUGGGGAAGAUCAAAAAAUAAAGCAUUGGAAUGGAUAGAGGAGAAAAUACUAGAUAAAAUGCAAGGAUGGAAAGAAAAAUUAUUAAAUCAAGCUGGUAAGGAGGUCUUGAUAAAAGCGGUAAUACAGGCAAUUCCAAUCUAUGCUAUGAAUGUCAUUAAAUUUCCAAUAUCCUUCUGCAAAAGAAUCGAAGCAGCAACAGCCAGAUUUUGGUGGUCGAAUAAUGAAAAGGAAAGAAGCAUUCAUUGGAAGAGUUGGACAAAAAUGACAAAGAGUAAAAAGAAUGGAGGCUUGGGAUUUAAAGGCUUAGAAUGUCAAAAUAUAGCACACUUGGCUAAACAAGCAUGGAGGCUGCUAAAAGAGGAGGAUGCUAUAUGGGCUCGAAUUUUGAAGCCCAUUUAUUAUCCUAAUUGCAAUCUAUGGGAGGCAGAAGAAGGAAGAAACGCAUCAUGGAUAUGGAAGAGCAUGAGCGAUGGAGAGUACUCAGUUAGAACAGGCUACCACAACGCGAAGGAGGAAAAAGAUGCCAUAGUGGAGAACAGACUAAGCAAAGCACAAGUCAGAAUUUGCAGAAGGUUUGGGAGACAAUUUGGAGGCUACCUGUACCACAAAAGUAUAUGCCAGCAAGCGGAUGAAACUGUUGAACAUGCAUUAUUGUUAUGCCCAUGGACUAGAGCUGUGUGGUUCAGAUCGAGCUUACAAUUUUUGCCUACGGUUCAUAAUGUGACAUCUUUUGGGAGUUGGGUGAUAAACACAAUUGCAAAGAUCAAGAGGGAGACUGCGAAGGACCAAGAAAAAAUUUUAUGCAAAUUGGGAUGUGUGUGUUGGUGCAUAUGGAAAGAGAGAAACCAGCACAUAUUUCAGCAAUCACAAGUCAAACCAGAAAAAGUAAUAUUUGCUUCAGAACAUCUAGCAGUAGAGUUUUAUAAUGCAAUUGAGAAAAUUAACAAUGAAAAUAGAUCAGGAGGAGGCAGGAGCACAGAGAAGAAGAGAGUUACCUGGAGGCCUCCGCCCAAGGAUUGGUUAAAGGUGAACACUGAUGCGGCUUUUCACAGGGAAACAGGCAUGGCAGCUUCAGCAGUGGUAGCUAGGGACUGGCGAGGAAAAAUUGUCUCAGGGUUAACAACAACUUUCAAAUCAACAUCAUGUUUAGCAGUAGAAGCUCAAGCAUACAGAGAAGCACUCAUUCUUAUUAAAAAUCUUCAGCUAGGAAAAUGCAUAAUAGAAACAGAUUGCUUACCUCUGGUUCAAGCAAUUAAGGCAAAAAUUUCUUUGGCAGAGACAGAUGCAAUCAUCAGAGACACUCUCCAUCUGUUGAAUGAGGCUCCAGCUGUGGGAGUUACCUGGACUCCAAGAGACGGAAACAAAUUAGCUCACCAACUAGCAUCGAUGGCAGCGGGGAAUGGAUUACAGAGGCAGUGGAUAGUCAAUCCACAUGCUCAAAUCAAGAAUACAAUCAGAACAGAAGUAGAACACUUUAGCAGGAGAAAAAUAUACAGAAUCAUACCAAUUUGGUUCCAUUUUCAACAAGCCAUCAAAGACAACACAGAGAAGAGAUUUUACCUGUGA